ACACACCCUGAGAAAAGAGGAACUCGUGAGCAUUUUUGCUCUGUGAAAAAGAAGACUUUUCCUUUGGUGCACAAAACCUAAACACCACGCCACCAAAGCAGACUCUGGUUAGAGAGAAAGGGCAUCGGAAUCCAUGGCUCGCCAAGCCACAAGACUGAUAUCUAACUUGAGUACAAAGCUCAACCCUAGCAGUCCGACGAUAUCUGCUUCUCCAUUAUGGCAUCAGUAUCGCUACUUUGGAUCGCCACCACCGCCGCCCGCUGUUUUCGUUGAUAAAAACACCCGCGUCAUAUGUCAAGGCAUCACCGGCAAAAACGGCACUUUCCACACUGAACAAGCCAUUGAAUAUGGUACUAAAAUGGUUGGUGGAGUGACUCCCAAGAAGGGUGGAACAGAACAUUUGGGGCUUCCUGUUUUUAAUACUGUUGCAGAGGCAAAAGCAGAGACAAAGGCUAAUGCUUCAGUGGUUUAUGUUCCUCCACCAUUUGCUGCUGCAGCUAUUAUGGAGGCCAUGGAAGCUGAGUUGGACUUAGUUGUCUGCAUAACGGAGGGGAUUCCUCAGCAUGAUAUGGUUCGCGUAAAAGCUGCUCUUAAGAAGCAAUCGAGAACUCGGCUGAUUGGUCCAAAUUGCCCAGGUAUUAUCAAACCAGGAGAGUGCAAAAUUGGAAUUAUGCCUGGAUACAUUCACAAACCAGGACGUAUUGGAAUUGUUUCUCGAUCUGGUACAUUGACAUAUGAAGCAGUUUUUCAGACAACUGCUGUUGGUCUUGGACAGUCAACUUGUGUAGGGAUUGGUGGGGACCCUUUUAAUGGUACAAAUUUUGUUGAUUGCUUAGAGAGAUUUAUUGCUGAUCCACAGACAGAAGGUAUAGUUCUUAUUGGUGAGAUCGGUGGUACAGCAGAAGAAGAUGCCGCAGCCUUGAUAAAGGCAAGUGGAACUCAAAAGCCUGUUGUUGCAUUUAUUGCUGGACUAACUGCUCCUCCUGGACGACGAAUGGGUCAUGCUGGAGCCAUUGUAUCUGGUGGAAAGGGAACAGCACAGGACAAGAUCAAAGCUCUCAAGGAAGCUGGGGUUACAGUAUGCGAGUCUCCUGCUAAAAUUGGUGUCACAAUGCUUGAUGUGUUCAAACAGAGGGGUCUUGCGUAAGCAAGCGACAUACAUUUUAUUUGGCAAUUUCUUUUUUGUGCUGACAUGUACUUAAAGAUGUGCAGUUGUUACCCUCAAAACUCAUUCAUAGCAGAGAAUAACGAAAGAGAACAUGAUGAAUCUCCAUUUAUUUAUCCAAGCAUCAUUCAGGAGCCCCAAAAUCUUACUUUUUCAGUUUACAUUAUUUAUGCAGUUCAUGUUUCUUGUUGUGUCAUUAAUGUUGAAAUAAUGCACUUGUAUUUUCUUCUUUUA